CGCCUUAGCCAACUACUACUUCCGGUACAGUCACCGACCUACAGACAGAAGAGCCAAGGGCUGGACAGGCGCGCCACGACGAGCACGUUGAUGUCCUGCUUCCAUCGGGAUUGAGUGUUUUCUUCGAUACAUCUGAUCUGAUGCAACAUGGCAAUAUCACAUGUUAAUAGAUAUCUCAUAAGGACAAUCACGAGAUGUCUCCGGGACAGCAGUCGGCAACCAAAUGUGAUGACAGUAAGGCCAUUAGGACACUUUUCUAACUCAUCUUCAGGUGAAGAGGAACGUGAAGCACGAGCUGUAGUUUCACGCCGGACUUCAGGAGGCGGCGGUCGCAGCGCUCGCCUGGCAGCCGCGUUUGGACUGGGACUCGGAGGAGCAGCAUUGUAUUCAUUAAGAGACGAGGACAAUAAAGAUGCCUUACAGAGGACAGUCGCGGUCAGGAAUUUGCUAAUUGACAGCUUACUACCGACUGUCCAAUGUGCCUCUCCGUUUAAACCUGACAGCCCGCGGUACAAGUAUAAUUUCAUCGCGGAUGUGGUUGAGAAGUCCGCACCUGCUGUAGUCUACAUCGAGAUCAUUGGGCGACACCCCUUUUCUGGCCGUGAGGUGCCCAUCUCGAAUGGCUCUGGCUUCAUCAUAAGUAGUGAUGGCUUGAUAGUGACCAAUGCACAUGUGGUCGCCAACAAGCGUUGUGUCCAUGUUAAACUGACCAAUGGAGAGACUUACAAUGCCACGGUCCAGGACAUCGACCAGGUUUCAGAUAUCGCUACCAUCAAAAUCAAUGCUAAGCAUCCCCUCCCAACGCUGUGUCUCGGCCAGUCGUCAGAUGUGCGUCAGGGUGAGUUUGUGGUUGCCAUGGGAAGCCCCUUCUCUCUUAAAAACACAAUCACAUCUGGAAUCGUCAGUUCUGCCCAGAGAGGAAGUAGAGAACUGGGCCUGUCCAACUCCAACAUUGACUACAUCCAGACUGAUGCUACCAUAGAUGUAAGAGCACAGGAAACGACAUUAGAGAAUUUGGGUGUAAUUGCAUGUUCAUUUCAUUUAUCAAAUAAUUCAUAUCACAUUUCUAUUUUACAGUUUGGAAAUUCAGGAGGUCCCCUUAUAAACCUGGAUGGAGAGGUCAUCGGCAUUAAUACCAUGAAAGUGACUGCAGGGAUUUCCUUCGCCAUUCCCUCAGACAGAGUCCGCAUCUUCCUUGAGCGAGCGGCAGACAAACAGAAGUCCUGGUUUGGAGAUCCAGGAUCAAAACGGCGUUACAUUGGAGUGACGAUGCUGACUUUGUCCCCCAGUAUAAUCGAAGAGCUGAAGAUGCGUGAUAUGUCCUUCCCUGAUGUUUCUUGUGGAGUUCUCAUGGUCCGUGUUAUUAUAGGAUCUCCAGCCAAUAGAGCUGGAUUGAAACCAGGGGAUGUUAUUGUUGAGAUAAACGGGUCAAAAGUGAACUCGUCAGAAGAGGUCUAUAAUUAUGUAAAAACAUGCGACAGCUUAAACGUGGUGGUCCGGCGGGGGGCCAACCUCAUAAAGCUGCAUAUGACCCCUGAAAACACGGAGUGACGUUACAUGAAGCUUAAGCAUAUAAAUAAGAGAGUAAUAAAUGGUUCAGCUGAGAGAGAAAUGAGAAGCGAAAGAUGAUUUGAGUAAUUAUUCAAAUCACUGAUGUUCACAUGCUGGACGCUUGUGUAGUCAAAAUGUUAUAAUUGUGCAGUUUGUAAGUGUAUGAAUUAGUGUGGAUGAUUCUGAGCAUUACACUGGAUAAAUAUCAGUGUGUCCUCUCAAACUACACUGUAUCAGUAUUGUUUUUGAAGGAAUACUUCUAAAUGCUUGUGUGAAACACGGUUUAUCAUGAGAUGAAUGAACAUAUGGCUGCCAUAAUAAAAAUGGGUGCUUUUAUUCCAACAUUGCAGGUUUUUUGUAUUCAAUGUAUUUUAAUACAUUUUAUAAACCGCUGUGACUUCACAAUAAAACCUCUUCAACAUGGAA